GUUGUAUUUUGAAUAAAAUUUAGAAAAAAAUAACUGAAGAACUCAGCUGAAGCUAUUUUGUUAUUAUUUCGAGUCUUUUGAUUUCACUUAUUCGUUAUUAGGCUUACUAAAGUGCAAGACAUUGUGAACGUCAUGGCACAGAGUUUGAUUGCAAUUACUCAGGAACUUGGUUCGAAUGAUAACAGCAACAGCAUUUCGACUAAAGAAUUUUUGCAAUUUGAAAAAACCUGUGAAGCGUACAAAGAUGAUGACGAAGAAAUUAAAAUGAUUUUUAACGAAAUUAAGAAAUUAUCGGCACACAACAAGCCUGACAAUGUGAUAAGUGAAGAUAUUGAUGAUGUUGAUUUCAUUCUAAAAAGGGCUGAAGAUAUUGCACAGGAAACUAAAAUUUUACUCAAAAGCAGUCCUAAGUCAAUAGCAAAGAGUAUCUGCAGCCCAAACAAGAGUGAAUCAAGUGUUAUUCCCCAAAUCAAAAUAACAAAACCGUGUGAGAAUGAAAAGGAUGUGUCGGAGCAUAAGGAAAAUAAUACUAAGGUUAACCAGUAUGCUAAACAAAAUGCUAAGGAAAACACUGAAAUACGCCGUAAGCCAAAGUUAAGGCCUUUCUCCGCGGGCGUCAUCGAUUCAAAGAAACGCGAAACAAAUAAGAUUACAAAGUCAGUUACAAAUUCUCCUAAGAAGACGGUUAGUUGUAAACACGAUAAUUUGGCAGAAGAAUUAAAGGACACCACGGAAAGAGCAAAAAGCUUAGAGUUGUUAAAUGUUCAACUAAAUGAUGACAAUAAAACGUUAAGGAAGAAAUUAGAAGCUAUCUCUGAGGAGAAACAUGUUGCCGAAUUGAAGUUAGCUGAAUGUGAAAAGUUUGUAGGGAGACUAAGUAAGGAAUAUGAGAAUAAGAGCACAGAAUUAAAGAGUAUAAAGGAAAAUGAAAAUAAAAUAUUAGCGGAACUUCAAAAAGAACGGAAUGAUAGGAAAAAUCUGACCAUACAACAUGAGAAGGACAUAGUUAUCAUACACGACUUACAACGCCAAGUAAAAGAAAUGGAAAUGAUAUUAAGAAGAAAACAUCCAGACUCUGUGUCAGCUUUGAUCGUGGCUUCAAAAUCGUCAACAGUGGAAGAUAACAAGAAAAAGUUAUUGGAAGAACGUAUUGCCAGAUUAGAACAAGAACUUAAAGACAAGGAGGACCAUUUUCAGGGCAUAUUAUUGACGUUACAAGAAAAGUUUGGAGACAUGAAACAAAAAUACGAAAGUCACAUUAUAGAUGUUGAGAGACAGCUGAUGGAUGAUCGAAAAGUCAAUACUGAAUUGAAGAACAAGUUGAAUAAACAAAAUCUAGUCGAUGCAGCUACUCAAACUGUAACAAAGAGUAAACAUACGAUAUCUACACAAACCUUCAUUAAACCAGAUAGGGCAUCGUCUGCAGUAAGCAGACUGUCACAAAAUUCGGCUUUAAUUUUGAAUAGGUUAAAAGAGGACAGUUAUUUAGUAGCUACCAUAAAAGGGUUGCAAUCUGAACUCACAGUCAAACAACGGACUAUUGCUAAGAUAAACAGAGAGACUGAGGAAUUAAGGAAAAACUUACGGAAUCUACAAAAGGAAAAAGAAGUGUUGCUUAAUCUACAUCCGCACAAGAAGACUAGUAAUAGAAGCAAGUCAACUGAGAAUAUAUUGGCAAGGAUGAACACGGAAAUGGAAGCCGAACUAGCGGAAAUAAGGACACAAAAGGAAGUGCUAAUGCAAGAACGGAACACGUUACUCGAUUCAUUAAAACGUACGAAUGAGGAAUUCAUAUUGUUGAAGAAGAAACGGAUUCAAGAUCUUCAUACUCUACAACUAGCACACGAAAAGGAGUUGAUGCAGAUGAAUCUCCAAGUUUACCCGUUGCAAGAGGAGAUUAAACUUCUCAACAAAACAGUGGAAAUUCUUCAGGAGCGGGUGCGAACUACGGAAGAAAAGCUUAUGAGGUACCAGGCUGGCAUGAAAGACGACGUGCUUGCGGGGGGCGACAAUAAUUGCAAUAAAAAUAAAAGGGACCGUUAGCUUUAAUUCAGUUGUCAAAUUGGAACCAUAGACACGCUACUUGAAGCGUGGCUAACAAGAGCGCGUAACUCGUGUUUCGGUUGAUCCGUGACAGUUUCAUUUAAUGGUUUAAUUGGGUCGUUUUUUUUAAUUAUUAUAGAACCGUUAAUGAAAUUUUGAUAAUUUGGUACUUAUCUACUUAAUUAACGCUCUACGAUUGAUCUUUCUUUUUUUCUUUAUAUAAAAUGCGGUAUGUUUUAUGUUUUAUGCAAAAAAUGCGUAGGAUUUUUUUUAAACAAAAAUGUAACAUAAACUGACAAAUGAUAAUAAUCUGGUGUCGGUGUGUUGUUUGUGUGUAGCCGCUUUGUAUUUUAUAUUGUUGGAAAUAAUAGUGUGAGCUCGUUGAUGAAUAAUCCUUGCGUGCAUAGUGAAUUUUUUGUUAUAGGUCUGCCUAAUUUAUGGGGGCCUAUUUUAUUUAAGCACAGAUAUGCCAACGAAACAAGUACAGUGUCAGUUAAAUGACGUUCCUGUUGUGUAAUUUCUAUUUUACUUUUAUUACAAUAAGACACACUUAAGGGUAACAAACUUGCCGUAUGUUCACAAAAGCAAGCACAAAUUAGGAUUACGGAUCUACUAUUGUCUCGAUUUAGAAGGUGAUACUUUAUUUACAAUUGUAUUGUAUUGGUAUUAAGUUAUAUUUUUCAAAAGCCAGCAGUGGGACUGCAAAAUCAAGUGGGUACCUAGUAGGUAUAAGACAUAAAAGAUCGGUCAAGCGCCUAAAUCGAUGGCCGUCUGCAUAGAAAUUAAAAAUGCAACGAUGGGCAUAAUAAGAUACUUGUUUUAUUUGAGCACAGUGGUCGUACGGCCAGGUCGCACAGCGAACAAAUUACAUGUGUACCAAAAACUUACGUUGUAGUUGUACGUAUUUCGCCAUGUGAGGUUACCGGAGGCCCAUAUCUUUCCCCCGUCCCAUAAUCCUCAAAUCAGUGACUCCCAAAAGGCCGGCAACACACUUCCAAUUGCUCUGAUGUUGCAGAUGUCCACGGGCGGUGUCUUACAAUCAGGUGGUCUGGUGAGGCCGUUUACCGCAACAUCCCACAAAGACAGGGGCAUUGUUUUUGGGUAUUUCUUCUGAUAUUAAUAUGGUUGUGCAACUGAGUGGCGGCGACCAAAUCAAGCCUUGUGCUUUUAUGCUCCUUAAGUCUCUAUAGACAACAUGUAUGCGUUAAUUAGUCGUACCAUACGACCAUAGUGUACCAAUGAAAUGGGGUCCUAAUAUAAAAUGGCAAAUGACAAUAUGCUAAAGUUGAGAUAUAUUUUUAAAUGUUGUUUAGGGAAAGUCGAUGACCGAAACGAGUUCUGCUUUUGAUAAAAAUAAUCGAGUGAUCAAAACUAAAACUUGAUUCGCACGGUGGUGUUGGGUGUUGAAGUUGUUGGGCGGCCGGCUUUUUGAAUGGAAAGUCUUGUCUUCAAUUUGGUAAAACAAUGUGGUUGGACGUCGUACGUAGUAGUAUCAAAAUUGAAGUGAUGUGGAGGCAAUUAUGAAAUAUUUUUGAGAAAUAAAUGCUUGAGUGUAUUUUCGUAAAAUGUGCUUUAUGUGCGACUAAAAGAGGUUCAUUUUAGUGUGAUGAUGCAUAAGAAAGGUUGUAUUUUUCUAAUAGAUUCUUAGCACAAUAAUGUCGUUGCAUUUAUAUGUUUAAGUAAUUUGUUUGUAUGUUAGAUAUAACUUAGAAAUUAUAUAGAUAUACUCAUGUGCCUUGUCCGUGUCUUUUAUAUAGUCAAAUGUUUAACAUAUAAGGAUUUUCUGGUCAAAUAUUAGUAAAAUAUUAGCAUAGAUAAGUUAUGUUUAGUAGAAUGUUAUAAAAUGUAAAGAAGAGAAUUUGGUUUUGAUGUAAACUGACAAACGGAGAUUAAUUUAUCCUUUGGACUAUUCGAGGGGGCUCGACAAGUUUCGAAGCAAGCCUGGGACUCAUAAAUACGAGUAAAGUCGCAGGACGCAACGCCGUUAUUCACAAAUUACACUAUGAUCUCUAUUUCGUCAUAGUUCUUACGAAAAAAGUUUAGUUAUUAAUAUUUUUAUUUAUUUUUUUGUUGCGUAGCCCUAUAUGUUACAGUUAUACUUUAGGAAGUUAUGAUUCGUGUAUCAUUUUAUCGGUUGUUUUUUACUCUAUAAAUUACUGUUAAAAAUAAUCUAAUUAUGUAUGUCUAACUAUCUUAAGUAUUGGUUAAAAAAUCAUGCAACUUUAAUGAAUGAAGUAAUAGAAUUACAAAUUCCUGAACGAUAAUUUGAACAAAGGUACUUGUGCCUACAUAAUAUAUGUAAUUCUGUUGCUGUAUUCUUCGAGAAUACUCUAAUGUGCGCUGUACCUACGACUAAUGACUAGUUUGAAACAAAGUCAAGGUUUUCUUAUACGUAGCUGUAAAAUGGGACCAUGUAAUUAGAUAUAAGGAAUGCUUCGAGUGCCUAGAUAGCCCACUUAAGAUUAUGUUCGACAGUUGUUUACGGAAUAGAUAACGCACAAUACAGAAUAAUUUUAAUAUAGCCUAAUAUUUGCUGAUUUUAAACUCUAUUAUGUUCUGAAUAAGAUUUAAAAUUUGCAAAUGUUACGCGCGAAUACUGAAAGUACCUACUCAAUUUUAAGUCGCGCUUAACUACCUGUCACUACAAAUUCUUUGUAAAAUCACACAGAAGGCACAAUAUUUAAGUACAACUUAAAUUUUAGUAGCCUUUCAGUAGGUACUCGCGCGUUAGACUGAUACAUGAUGUAUACCUAUUCGAACUUAAGCUGUUCCUAUAACGCAAAAAUUCUAGUCAUAUUUUCGUGAGUUUUUUAAUUUAAGUUCGGACCCACCAAUGACACAAGUACCAACUGUG